UUUACGUUACCCAUAUUGCAAAUCUUAAAAUGGGUUUACCUAGAGUAUAUUUUGACGUGGCUGCCGAUGAUAAACCAUUAGGUCGUAUCGUAAUGGAAUUACGUGCAGAUGUAGUACCAAAAACGGCAGAAAAUUUUCGUGCACUUUGUACAGGGGAGAAAGGUUUUGGAUAUAAAGGAAGCACGUUUCAUCGAGUAAUUCCUAAAUUUAUGUGUCAAGGUGGUGAUUUUACUAAUCACGAUGGUACAGGUGGAAAAUCAAUUUACGGAGAGAAAUUUGAAGAUGAAAACUUCGAAUUGAAACACACUGGUCCUGGCAUAUUAUCCAUGGCAAAUUCUGGUCCCAAUACCAAUGGUUCGCAAUUCUUCUUAACUACUGCAAAAACUGCUUGGUUGGACAAUAAGCACGUGGUCUUUGGUUCUGUAGUGAAUGGUACGAGUAUAGUGAAAAGAGUCGAAAGCUAUGGUUCUCAAACUGGAAAAACGCAUCAGAAAAUUAUAAUUACCAAUUGUGGUCAACUUUAAAGCAUACUUUAAAGCAGUUUGCCCAUAUGCCGCAUAACAUAUUGUAUAUCUUUUCUCUAUAAGGU